AUGGCUCUUCAGUUAAGCCGUAGCCGUAGAAAGCGGAGGGCUGAUGGAAAUAAUGGAGCUGCCAAGUCUGACAUUCGGGCUCGGCAACUCAAGGCCACUAUUGGCGUGGACUACAGGUUUGUAGCACACAAGCAUUUUCAUAGUGAGAGACCUUUUCUGUCGAGACGGAAACGUGCCAACAUGGUGCAUGUUGAAGCUGAAGCGCUAUCAGUGGGGUACCUCUCUAACAACGAGCCUCUUAAGCCAAUCCCGAAGCAGUCCGUACCGGGUAUAUCCAGCCAGUCCUCGUUUGACGCCGGUCGGUCGUUAGAAGUCAUGGUCGCAGAGCAUCGCUCUGCUCGUCGCCAUCCACCGAUACCGUACGACGUCGCGUCUGUCGCACAAGGUAACCCCGCCGGUCAAGAAGCCGCGGGGGGUCUUCGCGGAUCAGGCGUCGCGACAGCGCAGCAGUUCCCCUUCCCCAUUCCCAUUCCUCCCGCGGCGAACCGCCCUACCGGUCCCAUCAUUCCCGUUGACCCUCCUCCCCUCUUUAAUUUCCCACCCGCACCGAACCGCCCUACCGGGCCCGUGUUCCUGUUUCCCCCGGUCCCGUCCCGACCGCCAAUCAACGUGCCUCCGGUCAACCCUCCCCCUACCACGUUCCCACCCCCUGUAGCUGCCCCACCGCCACCGGUUAACCCGCCUCCGAAGCCCCCCGUUAAUCCGCCUCCCAAGCCGCCUGUUUUCCCGCCUCCUAAGCCUCCCGUUAACCCGCCUCCUAAGCCACCUGUUUUCCCGCCUCCUAAGCCUCCCACUAACCCGCCUCCUAAGCCACCUAUUUAUCCUCCUCCUCGGCCUCCCCCCUCUCCACGCCCACCUCCUCCCGCUCCUUCUCCUCCGCCACCUCGCCCCCCCAAUCCCCCUCCUCGUCCGCCUAAGCCGCCGUUGACCCCCCCAAACCCGCCUCCUCAGCCCCCGAAGCCCCCGGCUAGUCCCCCCAACCCCCCACCACGCCCCCCGAAGCCGCCAUUGACUCCCCCGAACCCGCCACCACGUCCCCCCAACCCGCCACCUGUCCCUCCGCCCGUGCCUCUCCGGCCCCCUCCCAGUCCUCCUGCCCCUCCCCCUCUGAUACCUUCCCCUCCCCCCACCACAAGUCCUCCUCCCCAGGUCCUUCCGCCCGCCCCAGCCCCGUUCCCGCCCCCGGUCACUCCCUUCCCUCCCAAUUUGCUACCAUCCCCGUUUCCUCCGCCUUCCCCGCCGUUCGUCCUUCCGCCGCCUCCGCCCGAAUCGUCGGGGCUAUCGAUGGGGGCGAUCAUAGGCAUUUCUGUCGGCGGCGCCGUGGGGCUGAUUUUCCUCGUCACAUGUGGUCUCCUCGCCUUUUUCUUCCUCGUGCCAAAAAAGAAAGAGGGCGAACGAACCCGCACUCGCGGCGGCGGCGGCGGCAGCGCGGCCCCAGGAACCGUGGGCGGCGCGGAGAAGGCGCCGUUUUACGCGCAGCCGCAUCUGGUCCGCGGGGUACGCGGACGGCAGGCGGCUGCUGCGGCUGCGGCCGGGGUAGCGGCCGGCGCGGCUGCGGGCGGUGUGGCUGCCGCUGCGGCGGCUGCAGGCGGCGGGCCUGGCGAGGACGAGGACAGCGAGGAGGGCAAUAACGCGUAUGGCGACGGCGCGCCCGCUGCAGGAGAGGAAGAAGAGGAGUAUUACGAAGAUGAGGACGGAGCGGCGGGAGACGGGGAGGAAGGGGACGAGGAUUUAUACGGGGAGGCGGAGGGAGACGGGGAAGCGGAAGGGGAAGCGGAAGGGCAAGCGGAAGGGGAAGCGGAAGCGGAGGAGGAAGAGGACGAUGAAGACCUAUACGAAACCAGUGGCGCUGCUGACGACAGCGGCGGGCCUUAUUUGGGAGGCGACUCCGGAGGGGGAGCAGGCGGAUCGGGCGAAGCUGGCGCAAUCGCAGGCGCAGCCGCCGGCGCGGGGAUCGUCGCUGGCGCAGCAGCCGUGGCGGGCGGCGCAGCAGCCGCCGUCGCGCUGGGAGACGGCGACAGGAUGAGCGAAGAAGCAGACGACGAGUGGUGGUUCCCGUACGAGGAGCUCGAAGAAGCCACAGACGGGUUCUCAGACAGCAACAAGCUCGGGGAGGGCGGGUUUGGGCCUGUCUACCGGGGCUUACUGGCGGACGGAAUGCCUGUGGCGGUGAAGGUGUUGAAGGUGGGGGGACACCAGGGGGAGCGGGAGUUCCGCGCGGAGGUGGAUAUCAUCAGUCGUGUGCAGCACAAGCACCUGGUCACGCACCUGGGGUACUGCAUCGCCAGCGCGCAAAGGCUGCUCGUGUACGAGCUCGUGCCCAAUGGGUCGCUGGAGGACGCCUUGCACAGCGAGGGCCGUCGGCUGCUGGCGUGGAAUUUCCGCAUGAAGAUCGCUCUGGGCGCUGCCAAGGGCCUCGCGUACCUUCAUGAGGAAUGCAAUCCGCGCAUCAUCCACCGGGACAUCAAGUCGUCCAACAUCCUCCUCGAUAAGGACUAUGAGGCCAAGGUGGCGGACUUUGGUGCUGCCAGGCUGGCAGCAGAGGACGCCAUGCCAAUUAUCACACGUGUAGUUGGCACGUUUGGGUACCUGGCACCAGAGUAUGCAUUGACAGGCAAGCUGACUGAGAAAUCGGACGUGUUUUCGUUUGGCGUGGUGCUGCUGGAGCUUAUAACGGGGCGGAGGCCCGUGGAGCAGGAGAAACCGCAGGGCAGCGACAGCCUCGUGGAAUGGGCGCGGCCUCUCCUGGCGGAUAGAGCAAUGGAGGAAUUAGCAGACCCGGAGUUGGAUGGGUGCUACGGGCAGCGGGAGAUGGAGCGGCUGGUCACUGCAGCUGCGCUCUGCGUGCGCCAGUCUGCUGUGCUGCGCCCCCGCAUGAGCCAGGUGGUGGCGAUGAUAGAGGGUCGGAGCGAUGUGGAAGUAGAGGCAACAGACGACGAGGGGGGGAGCGCGUUGCGGGAGAGUGCGGAGUUCUCAGGAGGGGAGCAGGCAGGGCGGGAUGAUAUGUACCCAGAGGAGAUCGUGCAGCAGUACCCGCACAGUGCUGAGAGCAAGGGGAGCGCUGGGGCCAAGACGAGGAAGGGACGCAUGGCAGCGCUAGCAGCAGCUGCUGCAGAGCUCACACCCGGCCACACCUUCACUUCUGUCACAUCUGCUACCAGCACAGACCCCCUUAUUGCUAACACCUCCCCCUCCUCCCAGGGCCAGAUGCAGCCUCUCCCAGAUGUACCUCCCCCUCCUGCCCAGGCUGGGCCGUCUGGGCCCAUGCCUCUGCCGCUGCCACCCGGGCGCAAAGGGGGUGGUGGUGGAAAUGGUGGUGGUGGCGGGUGGAGAGGAAAGUGA